GCCCAGUUUUUCCCAACGGCAACAAACAACCGCCAGGAAUGAGCGCCCGAGAUGGUCGCACCGACCCAGUGUCCGAGACGGUAGCAGGACUUACAGCCGGUGUUAUCUCGACACUAGUCUCUCAUCCAUUCGACCUAGUCAAGACAAGAUUGCAAGUCGAUCGCGUACGUACUUCCGGGUUAGGCCAGACAGCCCACAUCAUAAAGGACAUUGUGCGGCAUGAGGGGAGUGGCAAAGCAUUCUAUCGAGGGCUGACGCCGAACAUUGUGGGCAAUGCCGCCAGUUGGGGUCUUUAUUUUCUCUGGUACGGUCAGAUCAAAAAUGCAUUGCUGCAAACCCAUGGCGGAGGUGCAACGCAGGGUCUCUCGUUUGCAGACUAUUUUCUAGCCUCAACAACAGCAGGCGCUCUCACUGCACUAUGCACCAACCCAAUCUGGGUUGUCAAAACACGAAUGCUUUCCACAGGAUCGCGCGCACCGGGAGCCUAUCAGAGCAUGAGCGAAGGCGUGAAGAUUAUUUUCCAGAGAGAAGGAGUGCGUGGCUUCUACCGCGGCUUGGUUCCGGCAUUGUUCGGCGUUUCUCAUGGCGGUGUUCAAUUCAUGGCAUAUGAGAAGCUCAAGAUUUAUAGAGCGGAUAUGAAGCUUCAAAGGGGGCAAAGUACUCUGAAUCAAGGCAACAAGAGCAUUUCGAGCAGCCCAUCGCCUCUAAGCAAUCUCGAUUUUUUCUUCAUAUCGGCUCUCUCAAAAGCCAUUGCGGGUAGCGUUACUUAUCCAUACCAAGUUUUGCGCGCAAGGCUGCAAAUGUACGACGCAGGCACGACGUACAGUUCUGUUACCGAUGCGAUUCGGCAGAUAUGGCGCAACGAAGGUGUGCGUGGAUACUACAAGGGUCUUGCACCAAAUAUCAUUCGCGUCUUACCAUCUACUUGCGUGACUUUCCUUGUGUACGAAAAUACUCGAAUAUAUUGGCGGGAUCAUUUCAGUGGCGGCAGCAGCACCACCGUCGACAAGCAAUGAGAGCGACCAUAGUUCAAUGCAGACAGUCAUAUUUGACUAAAUCUGGCGUCAGUGGGUACUGGAAUGAGCAUUGCCUCACAUUUCGAUUACCAACCGAUCACGGCAUCUCUUUAUUUCUCUAAAAACGGCGUUUAAUGGGACUGUAGAUCACAUUAGAUAUUCGAAAUCUUUCGGCCCAACUCCAAAGGCGUUUCUAGCGUGUAU